UCGCAUUCGCUGAUAUUCACUGCCAGAGGAAAGAUUGCUGCACGGGAUACUUGCAAAAUGAGUUCGCAGAAGUGGGAAGACAACGAAGAAAUUAAAAUUUUCCGGGAAUACUUGCGAAUUCCAACCGUACACCCUGAUGUGGAUUACACUGCUUGUGUUGAGUUCCUUCAGCGUCAGGCUAGUUCCUUGAAUCUCCUCGUCGAUGUGGUCUGCCCAGCGGUCCAGUCGAAGCCAGUGGUGAUCAUUAAGUGGCUGGGAAGCCAGCCAGAGCUACCAUCGAUUAUUCUCAACUCUCACACGGAUGUGGUGCCCGUGUUUCCGGACAAGUGGACCCAUGAUCCUUUCGCCGCCGACAUUGACAAGGAGGGCAACAUCUACGCCCGUGGCACUCAGGAUAUGAAGUCAGUGGGCACUCAAUACCUUGGGGCUAUUCGGCAACUCCAGGCCAGCGGCUUCCAGCCCAAAAGGACCGUGUACGUGACCUUCGUCCCUGAUGAGGAGACUGGCGGAGUGUUGGGCAUGGCGGAGUUCGUCAAAACGGAUUACUACCAGCAAAUGAACGUGGGGUUCAGCCUGGACGAAGGAGGCACCAGCGCCACCGAUGUGCACCAUCUGUUUUAUGCCGAGCGUUUGCGAUGGGGACUCAAAUUGAAAUUCAGUGGAACCUCCGGUCAUGGCUCUCUGCUGCUGCCCAACACCGCUGGCGAGAAGCUUAACUACUUGCUAAACAAGCUGACGCAGUUCCGCACCUCCCAGGUGGAGAGCCUGGCGAGGGAUUCCAGCAUCAACAUAGGCGAUGUGACCACCGUGAAUCUCACCCAGCUGAGUGGCGGAGUGCAGAGCAAUGUGGUGCCACCGCUCUUUGAGGCGGUAUUUGACGUGCGUCUUGCAAUCACCGUAGAUGUAGUUGCCUUCGAAAAGCAGAUCCGUGACUGGUGCGAGGAGGCGGGUGGUAGCAUCGAAGUGGACUUUUUCCGAAAGGAACCCUAUGUGGGACCCACCCACCUGGACUCCUCGAACCCCUACUGGUUGGCUGUUAAAGCCGCCAUCGACGAACUUGGCCUGAAGGUCCAUCCCAUUGUGUGUCCGGGUGCUACCGACAGCCGGUACAUUCGCCAAAAAGGAACCCCCGCCAUUGGGUUCUCACCCAUCAUAAACACUACCGUGCGGAUCCAUGAUCACGACGAGUUCUUGCAGGCAGACACCUAUUUGAACGGCAUUGCAGUUUACAAGAAGAUUAUUCGCAAUCUGGCUGAGGUAUAAUAAUAAAGAUAGCCAACGAAUCUUAUCGGAUACAUCUUUAAUCUUCAAGAUAUAUCCAAGAGAGCACUAAUAAUAGAAUAUCAUAAAAACA